AUGCCCACUGACGCCGAUUUUGAUGAAAUCGUUGAAAACGUUUUCAACAGAAUGGGAGAGUUCGAAAACUAUCUCAGUAAGCGAGGAAAGGAGCGCAAGGUCAGUGCAGCGCAAGGAAAGAAGCAACUGUAUGAAAAGUUCAAGGCUGCUCAUCCUGAGGAAAAGAAACGAUGUAAAAAAGAGAUAGAAGACCUACUCAAAAAAUCGUUGGAUUCUCACAUUUUGAUUGGAGGCAAAAAUCGAAUCGAAUUGAGAACAAGAAACAGCAAGAAAUCACUGUUUCUCAACAAAAACCAAGAGUCCGAAAUCAAGAAUUUGAAGCUGGAAAAUUUUCAUGAAGAAAUCGAGGAAAACAACAUUCGAGACGUCAGUGGGCUCCAUUUAGAGGCUCGGAGAGAAUUGAGAGUCAAAUCCCAGUCUUGUUGCAACUGUGUGGGAGGAAAAUGCGACAAAAAUUGUGAAUGUGGACGAAUAAAUAAUGCACUCAAGAAUGAUACUAUUUACGAUCCCGAACACAAUCGAAGCUACAGUUGCUCCAUACACUGUGCAUGCAAAGGAAAAUGUGGGAAAACAUUUCCGGAGCCGCCAGAGAACUCGACUGAAGCAGUCCUUCACAACUUUCCCCAGAAGGGAUUUGUCAGCCGGGCUCUGCAAUAUUUUGGCCAAGGCGAAACAGUAGCUACCAUGACUGGUAGUUACUGUCGAGUUAAAUCCCUUCAAGAUGACGAUAACUACGCUCUCGAUAUCUACAACAAAGACCAAGACAAGGAGUGUAUCUUGGAAUUAUUCAACCAAAAUAAAAAACUAGCUGAAUCAAAAAAAUUGAAGAUGUUAUCAGAGGACGUUAAAGACACAUUGACGGGUACUCUCGGGACAACCAUCAGUCUCGAUCCGAGAUUUGAAGGGAAUCAUGGGAGAUUCUUGUCUUCCUCGUGUCUUGGCAACGUUAAAACCAACUUCGUUUACCAAGGAGGUCUGGCGCCCACCAAUAUCAGAGUGAUGAUGACCUCGAAGAUGCCCAUCUUCCCAAACCAAGAGCUGAGCUUCUUCUAUGGAUUUCCAUACGUCACCACACAAUUGAAAAAUAUUUGCCUGUGUGGUGAAUUAUGCUGCAUCACCAACCGACAUUUAUUCCCAUUCAUCAAAAGGAAUCAUAUCAUUAGGUUCUACAAGAGACUGUAUGGUGUCGUCUAUGGGAACUUCAAGGCUAUCACUCGCAAAUCUCCCAGAAAAAGAAAUAGGAAAAACUGA